CAUGCCUGUUACCCUCAAGCGCUCUACAAUUUUGCCUAUUCUUGAGGAUUACCUCACUGACAAGAAGUUUAUUGAAUUUGAUAAAUUCACUGGAGCUGAUGGUCUUGUCGCAGAAGCUUUGGGCUCAGCUCCUCCCCCAGAGUAUCCACAUAUAGUAGCAUGGUACAAAGAAUCUGUAAAAGAUGAAAAAGAAGCCGAGGCUUUGAUUGAGGAAGAAGAUGACAUUGACUUGUUUGGCUCUGAUGAUGAAGAGGUCGAUGAAGAGGCUGAAAAGGUCAAGGCUCAACGACUUGCUGAAUAUCAGGCCAAGAAAGCCAAUAAGCCAAAGACAAUUGCCAAGACUACCAUCACACUUGAUGUCAAGCCAUGGGAUGACGAGACCGACAUGGAGGCCCUCACCAAGGCUGUCAAGAAUAUUUCUAUGGAUGGUCUGUUGUGGGGUGGAUCUCAAUUGGUUCCGAUUGGAUUUGGAAUCAAAAAGCUUCAAAUCAACUGUGUUGUUGAAGAUGACAAGGUCUCUAUGGAUGAUCUUUCUGACAAGAUCACUGAACUAGAGGAUUUUGUCCAAUCUGUUGAUGUUGCUGCAAUGCAAAAAAUCUAAAGAACAAGACAUUUUCUUUAUAUUAUAUAUAUAUUAUAUAUAAAUCUUUUAUUAAAUUAUAUUAAAUAAUAUAAUUGUAUAUGUGGAUAUUCCAUCAAUUUGGGCUUCCAAAAUAUUUUAGAAUUUUUCUUUUUAUAUUUUGAAAAGGGGGGGUUUGAAUGAAUCAGUAAUGACUUUUUUUCCUU